CGAUAAAUCUUUCGUAAACACGGAAGUAACCAUUGUGGGAAGAGCGAAGGUUCUGUUAUGGUUCAAUUCAUUAUUUAAACUAUUUCAUUAGUUUAAUGCGUUCAAGAAACAUUUAAUAUACAUACAGGCCAUAUAUAUCCACGUUCAAGUAAUGUUUUCCGGGUAAAAAAAAAAGAAUAAAAAAAACCCGGUACACUUGACAAGGGCGCCUACGCAGCGUUUCCUCGCCGUCAUGCUGUGGAGAUCUUCGGGUUGUGAGUACCAAAGCCUCCCGCAGAGCGACUGGAGCUGCGACUCGCAUGUUUCUGUGGGCGGCGCCGUACAGUCUCCGUAUCUGCGAGGGGGAAACUCGUUUGACUUUGUCCCCAAAAUUACGGACGGCGACUUCACAGACCGAUCCCAGGGAUGGCUCUCCUGGAUGUGCCAGCUGGUGGUCUCCCUUCUGGUCUAUGUUUUCGUCUUUUUCAUCUUUCCGUUGUCUGCUUGGUUUGUCCUCAAGGUCGUGCCUAAUUACCAGAGGAUUGUCAUGUUCCGUCUGGGCCGAAGCCGACCCCCAAAGGGGCCUGGCGUGGUCUUGAUACUGCCUUUCAUUGACCAAUGGCAGAGAGUUGAUCUUCGCACUAGAGCUUUUAACAUCCCGCCUUGCCAGGUGGCCACCAUGGACGGUGCACUGCUGUCAGUGGGGGCUGAUAUACAGUUCAGAAUAUGGAACCCAGUUAUGUCUGUGAUAGCUGUGCAGGACCUGAAUGCCUCCACCCGUCUCACUGCGCAGAACGCUAUGACUUGCACGCUUGGCAAAAAGACUGCCAGAGAAGUCCAGCUGGAGAGAGUCAAACUGGGCGAACGUCUUGGGAUGGAUAUUAAUGACAUUACUCGACCUUGGGGACUGGAGGUAGAUCGUGUGGAGCUUACAGUGGCAUCAGUGCUGCAGGCCCCAGAUGUCAGCCAGGCGGGGGGGGUCCUCGUGCCCCCCUUCAUACCUGGCUUGGAGGGCCUUGGGCCCCUGCAGGAGAUUGCGUCACACUUCCUAAGCAGCACUGGCUUUUCUCAGUCUGGGGGUGUUGUGAGCCUGGUGGAUGAGCAAGGGUGUCGCAGGCCAGACACGCCUGCACCGCGCACCCUGGAGGAACUACUGGGUGCUGUGGAGCCUCUCCUGUCUGAACGGCUGGUCCGGCAGGUGGGGGCAUGCUUCCAGUUCAGCAUCAGCCGGAAUGAUGGCCAAGUCCGGAGCUGCUAUGUGGACUUGAGCCACGGGGCAGGGGCUUUGGGACUGGGGACACCUAACAGGGAUCCAGACGUCACCCUGCAGCUGAGUGAGGAAGACCUGCUGGCUUUGUUUGAGGGCAGCCUGCCCCCCUUCCAGGCCUAUGCCAAUGGGCGGCUGCUGGUGCACGGUGACCUGAGCCUGGCCCUCAAGUUAGAGGAGCUGGUCAAGCUGCUGCGGCCGUAGUGAGGCCCCACUGUGGAGCAGGGAUGUGCUCUGGACAUCCUCUGCUGUCACGCCGUGCGCUGCUCGUCGCAUUUACUGGAUACAUGCGAAAAUGAAAAAUUUGACAGGUUUUUUUCUUCUGACAGGUUUUUAAGGACUGUAUUGGCUUGUGAUUCAGUGUUGUUCAUGUCUUGUGUGCAGUGUUUUUUUUUUUUUUUUAAUAA